UUUUUUAAACAAUACAUUCGGAGGUUUUACACUCUUCGAUCUCAAGAUCUCACUAAACACAUAUUCUGGAGACACACCUUGGGCCCAUCAAGCGUCCGAACCUGAAUAAUCGGACAAUAAGUCACACACCAGUACCUGAUAAAUGUGGCAACAUAGCUGCGAUCAAACCCCUGUCAUCCAUGCGAUGAUUUAAUCAAAAAAAAAAAAAAUUACUAAAAAGUCCCAAAUAAAAAAUCCGGAAAAUGAGCACCCAGAAAAACAAUACCGACGACAUUCACGGCUUAGCAUCGGACAUGGGCCGUCUCUGCAUGAACGAGCUCUACUCGGACGUGGUGUUCUUGGUGGAGGAUCAGCGGCUUUCGGCCCACCGUCUUGUUCUGGCGGCGCGCAGUGAGUAUUUCCGCGCCAUGCUAUAUGGGGACCUGGCUGAGUCGAAGGAGCGAGAAAUUCGGCUGGAGGUGCCGCUGGAGGCUUUCAAGAUAAUCCUCGAGUACCUUUACUCGGGCAAGUUACCCCUUUCCAUACUGGAUGUGGAUGAGAUAAUCGAUGUGCUCAAUCUGGCGCAUUUUUACGGCUUGGAGUACGUUGAAAGGGCUAUUACCAAUCAUCUCCAGAAGAGUACUGCCGUCAGCAACGUGUGCGUGAUCCUGAAUGCAGCGCGCCGAUACGAUCUGGACCAGCUGACCAAAGAAUGCCUCAAGUUUAUGGACAACAAUGCGGUCAAUCUACUUAAGCACGACUCCAUCAAAAUGCUGUCCAAGGAGUCAUUUGAGGAAGUCUUGCGACGAGACAAUUUCUGUGUUCCUGAAGUGGAAAUCUUUCGGUCUGUAUGCAAAUGGAGGGACAACAAUCCGAGUGAGGACAUCCAGACGCUGUUAUCCCUCGUACGUCUCCCGCUCAUGAGUAAACAUGAACUGCGGCACGUGGUGCAUCCCUCUGGCAUAUUCACACCGGAUCAAUUACUGGACGCCAUUGAUCAAAUCAAUACCGGAAUCAAUCUGCCCCACCGAGCCGUCAUGUUACCGGGGGAAGAUGUGGCAUCCGAAAAGUUUCAUGCGCGCCGUAUCACAGACAACGUAAUGCAGCGAGUCAUCCAGCUGGGACAAGUUUACAAAAUCAACUAUAUUAAAAUAGUAAUUCGUUCAUACGACGUGGAUAUACCGUGCUUUACCGUGGAUGUGUCAUGCGACCAGAUCCGCUGGGAUUCUGUGGGAACAUAUAACUGCUACGAGGACACUCCGGAUGAAAUCCGCUUUACGGCGCGUACCGUUCACUACAUUCGGAUACAAUAUAUUUCAAGGGGGGGGAGGAACACAAAUUGGGCAUUGCAGGCCAAGUACCUUGCGUAGCACUGUGACUGGGUAACAGCUGAGACAGAGACCGUGAUGAUCAGUUCAUUGAGUUCUAAAUACUCUUUAAAUAUAUUUGUAAUGAUUGAAUUGAAAUUACUGUGGUCGUAGCCAUCUCCGCCUGCCACACAAUUUUUGUACCCGUGAAUACGAAUAAAAUUCACUGUACGCAAAGUA